AGACCGUGAGUACCGUGCAAUACAAUGGGCCAUGGGAGUGUGUGCCAGGUAAUGACAAGGGACGGAAUAACCACAAUCGCAGCGGUUUGUUUUCAGUGAUCUGGUUGUGAAGAGAGUUGUCUCAGACAGGAGAAGAAUCACCUAGUAAGUAAUGCAGUAAUACAGCAUAACCAUGGCAGACAGUGGCAGUGUUAACACAGGGAAGCGUGCGACCAGUGAGGAUGACGAUACCUCGGCUGGGAAACGGCAACGAAAGACUGUGCGAGUCUGGUGUGAUGGCUGCUAUGAUCUUGUUCAUUUCGGUCAUGCCAAUUCCCUCCGGCAAGCGAAGCUUAUGGGAGACUAUCUGAUCGUUGGUGUCCAUUCAGAUGCUGAAAUCAUGAAACAUAAAGGUCCACCUGUCAUUAACGAGCGGGAACGCUAUGCGAUGGUGCGUGCCAUCAAAUGGGUCGAUGAGGUCAUAGAGGAUGCCCCCUAUGUUACUGAAAUCGAAACUCUCGACAAGUACAACUGUGACUUCUGUGUACAUGGAAACGACAUUACACUUGAUGCUGACGGAAACGACACGUAUCGCAAGGUCAAAGCAGCAGGAAGAUACAAGGAAUGUCAGAGAACAGCUGGUAUCUCUACCACCGACCUUGUUGGCAGAAUGCUUCUCUUGACAAAAACACAUCAUCUCGCAGGGCAUGACGUUCCGUCAGGAAGCGACAAAGGGAGCGAGAAUCCCAGCUGUUCCAGCAUGGGCAGUCCCUACACCGGUGUGUCCCAAUUUCUACCCACCACCCGUAAGAUCAUACAGUUUGCCGGAGGCAAGGAACCUGCUCCCGGUGACACCAUCCUCUACUGCCCCGGUGCUUUUGAUCUCUUCCACUUGGGCCAUGUGGCAUUCUUGAAAGAGGCUAAGAAACUGGGUAACUUCCUGAUAGUCGGCCUGCAUACAGAUAAGGAGGUGAAUCGAUAUCAUGGAGGCAACUACCCCAUCAUGAACCUUCACGAGAGAACGCUCAGUGCCCUGGCAUGCAGGUAUGUGGAUGAGGUUGUCAUUGGUGCCCCGAGUGUGACUACCGGUGAGCUCCUAGACCAUUUCAAAGUCAACCUUGUCGUUCAGGGCAUGACACACAUACAUCCUGUAGCCGAUGGGAUUGAUCCUUAUGAGGAACCGAAGAAACGUGGUAUUCUGAAGUUUGUAGAUUCCAAAAGUGACCUGUCCACUGCUAAAAUCGUCGCUCGCAUCAUUGAGAACAGGAUUCGCUUCCAGCAGCGCAACAAGAAGAAGGAGGAGAAGGAGCUGCGGAUGAUCCAGCUGCUGGAGAGGCGACGAUCAGAAGACCUGGCCAGGAGGAAGUCAGAAGAGCUGCAGAAGCUAGAAGCCAGAGAGCAGGGCAAGCCAGAGACGGUGGAGGAGGUGUUUGAUUAGACGGCGUUGGCCAGCUGAAAGGGGGAGACGGGAGAAUGAAAUCGGUUGGCAUUGUAUGAGAGUAUCGCAACGAGAUCGUCACCAGUGGUAUUGUAACUUGAAGCCGGCGUUGUAGUUGAGUCCAUCACAAGUCCCUGCAAGACUAUCACAAGUCAUUCCGUUUUAAUCCAAGUCACAAGCCAUUCAAAUGAACUGUGACGAAAGCAUGCCUCGGUCAUUGUGUGCCCCGCUACUUGUUUUUGUGGAAGGACUUACGGCUGGACCCGUGAAGAGACUUGCGAUGGACUGGACUAAAGCACUGCUUUCAGGUCACAGGCUAUCAGCCAAGACAGAAAUGAACCAACCAGCCAACACGAGGAGUUAAGUGUAGAAUAAUGGGGAGGUUUGAGUAUGGCAUCUUCUGCAGUCGUGCUGUGAUUUGGAGGCAAGAUUGGAAAGUGCACAUGCAAUUUGAAAAUUUCAACUGUAAGUCUGGGUGUUGUGUCUGGUCCCCCGUGUGAUCUUGGGUGUGCAUUAUCCUGGCUGUUGUAGAUCACUUCACAGGUCCGUUUCAGAUAGAAAAUCACACAGAAUCACUGGUGGUGUGCUAGUUUGGUUCAUUCAGAUAAGCAUGGCAUCCGAAAAAGUAUGGAUGUGCAAACUAGUCGUGAGUACUGCAAUGCUGCAAACAUGUCUGAUUUAAGAAACCAUAAAAAUUACCUGCCCUGCAACAGUUUGGAGAACUUGUGACUUCAGGAUUUAAAAAAGAAAAGGCGAUAGUUUCAUUAUGGAUAGCUACGAUUUGAGAGGAGAUUGACAGUUUGACAUAUGGAAAUGAUAGGAGAAUCUGUAACUAUCUUCCUAAUGCUGGGCUCUGGAUUUUGGAGAUGGUUGCCUGGUAUGGAUUGGUAUACGUCUUGCUUCUAGAGGAUAAAAACCAUAUGAUGUGAAGUGUUUGGAAGCGUUUUACCUUUGGUCCAGAUAUAACAUGACUUACGAUUGGUUCCAUGGCCAGAGUUGGAUCUAUUCUCCUACUUUCUUUUAAUAAGCACACAAAAUAUUUGCUGAGCAAAUUCAGGUUACCGACCCAAAAUGAGUAGUGCUUGAAACUGCUGUUGUGCCAACUGCUGCUCAGCAAAUAAACUUGCUUAGGGUUACCAGCAAGAAACUAAUGGUAUGUAUAUUGUUUGCAACUGGUGCUCUGCUAACCUUUCUGCAGAGCAGCUGAAGGAAAUAUUAAGUACAGUGCCCUUUACUUCUUGCUAGGCAGUGGAGUGGCCUCCAUAGUUACUGUAAGAGUUUUUUUUUUACCACUUUGAAACUUCGGCCUGCUUUGAUCCAUUCAGACAUUUCCAGUUUGAUGGCUUAUUGAAUGUUAUCAUUCAGCUUUAAAUCAUACACACUUCUAAUAAACUAUUACUCCUGCAGUGUGAGGCUACCUCAGAAUUUAAAAGCAAAUGGGGGAUAUUGAUAUUAAUUCCAGGUUUAAAAGUUUUAACAUUUGUGGAAAUGUAUGUUUAUACUGCAACUCAAUUAAAGGGACUAUGUAUGUCAGCUUUUUAAUUAUAAACCUUUCACAACCUGGUAAGAUUGUUACUUCUUUAUUAAUCAAAGUUGUAAAAGCGUCAUCCAAGUUGAUCUGAACAAAGAGUAAAAUUCCCGAUCUUUUUGUGUGGCUUGAGAUGGAGCAGGUAACAUGCAGUUAUUGUACAUGAUUCACACUGGGGAACAGUGGCCAAGAUGCAUUUUGCAGAACCAGUCUGGUAACCAGAAUGAUAUUCCAUUGCCAGAUGUGGCUGUUUGGGGUUGCCGGACUUAAUCAUUUGCCAUGUGCAACCAUGCAGAUUUAUUCAGAGAAUGAUUUUAAGGAAUAUUGCUGUUUUUAAUCAACACCAUGAAGAGUGACUGUUCUUAGAUGAGGAAGACCUUAAAUGCUGCCCUCUGCUUUUGUUCAGCUUUUCUCUGGCUGCAUUCCCCAAAUCACAAAGAACAGGUGGCUAUGAUUGGACACCCUGGAAGAGCAGAGGCCAACAUGUAGGGUUUUCCUGUAGACAGUGCUUUAAAUAGUAUUUAGAUGAUGCUCUCUGAAGAAGUCAACAAUUAUUGUCAGCAACAGUACCAUGUAGUGCCCGAAGUGCAGUUGUCAUAACUUUCAACCGCUGACACUCAAACGAAAGCAGACACCUGCAGACACAUCUUAAGGUUGCUUUCAAACUUCCAUGUGAACGGCAACCAGUACUCUCAUAUUGUCUCUCUGCUGUACAGUAUAAAUAAUUCUGAAACACUCUUCAAGGGAUAUUUUACAAUUACUGUUCAAAGUCGGGAGGCGUCCUUUUUAUGAGGUUGGUGGCAAUAUAACUGUUGUUGGUAUAAUGUUAAGGAUUUAUAUUUUAACAUUACAAAAAGUAAUGUACAUUGAAAGGACCAGGCCAUUCUUGGUCACUACUCAAAUUAACUCGGAUAACUUUGUCAGGAUUGUACAAACGUGUUUAUGUGUAUAUUCAAAUGGGAAAUACUUCCAAAAAUUUAAUUUGCUUUUAUAAAGCACAAGGCUCCAAAAUAGUGAAGAGUCAUUUGGCUAUGAGCAGUGGAAGAAUUGCUGUAUGGAUGUUAGCGAAAAAUUUCAUACAUAGAUGCUUUGUAAACGUUGUUGUAUAUUGUUACUAUUUACAUGUGUAGUUUGAUAGCAGCUCGUGGUUUAUGCAAUACUAUUUGUACGAGGUGGAUAUAAUUGUGCAGCUGAAUCCAAAAGUGUAUGACUCAGUUUCAGCCCGAGUAGUUGGUAAGAGUGCAAAUUAUUUGGAACUUUUGUUUUGGGAAAAGUAGGAACUAGCUCGUUUUAUGUUAUGGUGCCCACUGUCUUUUCAAUAAAUAAUUUCUGUGAAAUUGUGCAUUGUAAAAAGCUAGAAUUGUUGCUAUUCAGAUGAGAUAGUUCAGUAGUCCAGCAGCACAUGCUGAAAAGGAAGUGUGUUGUUGUUUAUUCAAGAAUAUCUACGCUUUAAUCACAUUAAUCAGAGCAGUUGAUACAUUGUGCUUAGAAGAAGGAAAUUUUAGGUCCCCAUCCCUUUUGUGCUUUGUUGUUUUCAGUCCUGUUUGAAUUCCUGUGACAAGAUAAUCAGCAGGGUCCUAAGGACCUCUUAUUGAGGGGUGUGACUGUAUACAGCGCAGCCACAUUCCACCUAGAACUGACACGAGGACAUGUACUUUUUGUUCUCGUACCGCCUUGCUUUGUUGAAAUGACGAACUGGCUGAUGUGGCACCGUGUUAUUUUCUGAUGUACAUGUGUAUCUCAACUCUGUCCAUGUUGCCUGUUGCCAGUUACUAACGAAUUAAAGUGGAGACAUGGGAGUAGUGAACUUGUUAUCACGAGCGGUGUGUUCACAUCUGCAUUGCAUUUUUAACUUAGUAAUAUCCCGACGAUGGACAGAACACACUGUCUGAAAUGUUGAGUAAACCAGCUCCUUUCGGAGCAACACAUGCUCACAAAAGUUAAAAAUGGUGGAACAUGGUGUCACUGCAAACCACCUGCCUUUACAAACAUGCAAACCUUUAGAUUUUAGGAAUACCCCCCCCCAAAGCUACGUUUUCAGUUGACAUCCCUAUUAAUUUUGAUCGACUCCCCACCUUCUUGGUUACAAAGCCUUUAUGUUUCUGUAUGGGGCACUGUUCAUUUUGGUUCUCAGCAUAAAAAUCCCUAAAUAUGAAAGAACAAUGCAAUAUUUUUAAUUCCCCUCCUGCAAGCAACAUAUGUAAAAGCCCCUAAAUGCAGCCUCAUGUCUUGGAAAUUACAAGUUACUCAAAUCCUCACAUUUGCUAAACCUAAUCCCUUUCCCACUCCACCCUCCCAAACUGGUUCUGGAUCUCCUGGUGUCCAGUUCAAAACUAUGUAGCACUCACCUUUUAAUCAGGCAAUGUUUAUGGACAAAAAUUAUCAGGGGCCAGGGCUCUUUUCUCAGUAAUGUACUGUCUUGAGCUGGUGCCUGCUUGCCACAUCCUUUGAUGUUGCCUGCCACAGCAACAAAUGAGGAAAAAGGAGACAAGGUACAAGUCUUUAAAGUAAUCCAAUAUAAAAUUCAUUUAUGAGUUGUACUUUUCCUCGUGAUGAUAAUACAUGAGCUGAGUAACUAUAUUCAAAGUUCCAAAUUGCCCAUGCUGGUUCUUUGUGCAUUUGUCACUAAUGGUGGCUAUGUACAACCACUGCACAGGUAACUUACUGUCACAUUCAAGUUGAUAAUGAUAAUUACCGUUAACGUUUUUGAACAAGGAUAAAGGUACAAGAUUGUUUUUUUAUUCUAACUGAAAUAUUCAUCACUGCUGAGUAGCAGCUUCCAAUAUGCUAUGUUCGUUAAUGACCUUGCCUUUUUAAAACAUGAAAUUGGCUCAUUCUAAUUCUCUAGAGCUGGCCAUUCUGAAUAUUAUAUGCUGAAUAUUCUAUUCAUCUCGGAGCUUGGACAAUGUAGCUUGGUUUUGCUUCAUUUGCAUAAUAAAUAACAAACCUUUGUUGCAGCAACUGAAGUCUACAGUUGAAGCUAUAAUGGGCAUAAAACACAACCUUAAUUUUGCUAGGGCAGAAAUAUACAAAUAAAAACAAACUCCAAUGGUUGGUACAUUGUCCAACUAUAAAAAAAAA